AUGGCUCCCUCAGUGGGUCUCCUGGUUACCGUUCCCUACGGAGCCUUCUCCCAGGGGGGCGGCGCGGCCCUGGCUAAGACCCCCCCAUCGCAGAGCAAACCGCCCUCCUUCCGCUACUCGUUCUCCGACCAAUACCCUCUGCCGGUGAGCAAAGCCCGGUCACGUGCCACGUCAGUAAGCGCCUCCUUCGCUAAGGGGGGGAAGACGUCCACUCCUGCAGAGCCUGUCUGGAACCCCCCGGCAGAGUCACAGAUGUGGUGGGGGGAGAACGAAGGGUUCCCACAAAUGGGGGGGUCCGAGCAGGCUCAGGAGGAGCGCGUGUUGUCCCCCCAGAGGCUGCGGAGGGCGCAGUCUCUGCCAAACGAGAACCCCAUUCGGCGGCUUAUUAGGGAGGAGUCGCUGAGCAAUAAGGACGCGUUUGUGGACCCGCUUCCGGAGGGGAUGCCCGUGCUUAUGAGGCAUAAGGCGAGGUCGUAUACGGUCGGGAGUUCCAACCGGGUGGCCUCAGAGGCGCCCAUUGUGAGGGCGCAAUCAUUGCCGGCGCGGCUGCUGAAACCCCAGGUUAAUCUCAUCUCCUCCUCUUUUUGGAAGAUGCUGACGUCACUCAAGGAGGAAGAAGCUUUCAUCGAAAGGGAGACGGUGGCCGGCGAGCAAUGGCCCGCAGAAGAAGGACACACACUCGCCCGGACCAAAUCCUGGGUCCCCGGCGCACCCCUUCCGGGUUUUCCGGCGGCCCCUCAGCCCGGCCCGGUCGCAAACUCCUCUAGGCGGCCCAGCUACAUCUUCCGGUCGGAGAACCGCCGGUCGAGCUUAUCCAACGGCGCAGAUCUCGCGGCUGGACAGGUGGCGGCAUCCCAGCCGUCGGGCCGGAUGAGUUUCACUUAUGGAGAGGCCGUUCCCCGAGGCAGGAGAAGGCUGAGCGCGGCGACCUCAAAGCGGUCUUCCCUCAGCCAGAGCGUCGCCCAAAAUGAGACGUUACACGGGUUAGAGAACCGGGUUAGCGACAACGGAAACGGGUUGGGCGCAACGACGAUGCGCAGGGCUUCGAGCAUAGGGAGACGGAGUUCGCUGUCGGUGGCAGGGCCGAGGCCGAGGGAUCCCUCUGAAUUACUCCAGUCCCUCUCCGAGCAGGAGCGCCGGACGGUCGCUCUCCUGUCCGCCGCUAUUGGGCUGCAGCUGACGUCAGCCAUUGCGGGCGUGCUUGCGAUGGCGACAGUGUCCGCGAGCGGCGCGCGCGCAGUUAUGUUCGAGUAG